AGAAAUCCAGCCUCCUUUUUUUGUGCGGAAAUGGGCCCCUACGUAUUAGAUAUCCUGGGGAUGGAUGUUUUAUUCGAAGAACUCCCAGAAAUUGUGAAUCUCGGUGUACAAGAAUCAACACGAAUGCUGAAACAUUGUUUUUUUUGCUGAAGCCCUGGCCUGCAAGCACCGUCGUCUUGAUGGAUGAUGAUGAUUUAAUAGUCAAGGGGCUUCCACAGCUCUCUGCCAUUUGUGUUACCAUUAGCAGAAGGUACAUGGUUGAAGAAGCUAUUAAGCGGAUCCAUGGUACAAUUCAUGCAUUCGAGCUCACCGAUGAUAAUGACGACACAGUAAUGGCAUCAGUGAAAAUUGAUCUCCAGCCCCACAGCCAAAGCAUGUUGCCAACCCAACAGCUGUUCUUUGGAGAAUCAACUCGGUUUGCCAACGAUGCUAUCAAAUCAACAUGUUCUGCUGCUUUGGCCUAUCUGGUAACCAUGGGCAUCAUCACAAUAGACAAUUCCAACUCGACAAGCCUCAAGAAAUGCCAAAGGGAGCUCAAAGCUGAGCAGUUCUGGUCAUCAGUGCUAUUUGAGCGGGCAGAAUCCUUUCAAAAACAGCUCGCCUUUUUGACCGCGACAAAGAAAGGGCCUCAUUCAGAAAGUGACGAUGAUAACACUCCAGCACCCAAAUGUGUAAACGAAUUAGAGGAUGGCCUGAACGACGCCACCAGCUCGCUUCCACCAACCGAAGAAGCAUCAGACAAUGAACCGAAUCACAGGCCCAGCAAGAAAACAAAGCCUCAGUCAAAGACUAAAUGGACAGGUCAAAUGAUACAUAGACGGAGAUCACGCUGGAAUUUUGCCCUCUGUCUAUACCUCAAGUAUCGAUGAUACCUCCGUGCACUAUAACUACCAUGUCCUCUUUAUUCUGUUUAUUCAGCAAAUGAUGGAUUAGACGAGGAUUUAUUCAGACUCAAUCUGUACAACGAUGGAGUAUUCAUGCAGUCUUUUAUUUAAGCUUUCAAAUGAGUGCAUUGGAUGCUGGCUUUGAGCA